AUGAAGGCCUUCUUCAGUAGCAGCACAGCCAAGCAAGUAUACUGCCUCUUUUCCCUGCUGUUUCUCUUUGCAGAUGCUAAGGUUCACUACCAUGAGUUUGUGCUUCAGGCAACACCAGUGUACAGGUUGUGCAGAACUCACAACAUUGUAACGGUGAAUGGACAGCUUCCUGGACCGACCUUGGAGGCGAACAACGGGGAUACCUUAGUGAUCAAGGUUGUGAAUCGAGCUCAAUACAACGCUACCAUUCACUGGCAUGGUGUUAGGCAGAGAAGAACAGCAUGGGCAGAUGGACCGGAGUUCAUUACUCAGUGCCCGAUUCGGCCUGGAGGGAGCUAUACUUACAGGUUUACAAUUCAGGAUCAAGAAGGCACGUUGUGGUGGCACGCUCACAGCUCCUGGCUCAGGGCUAGCGUCUAUGGCGCGCUUAUCAUCCGCCCGAGAGAAGGAGAAUCCUAUCCAUUUCCCAAGCCUAAAGUAGAAACACCCAUUUUAAUUGGUGAGUGGUGGGAUAGAAACCCUAUGGAUGUCCUAAGACAGGCUCAAACAACAGGAGCAACUCCAAAUGUUUCAGAUGCAUUCACCAUCAAUGGCCAACCCGGAGACUUAUACAAGUGCUCGAGCCAAUACACCACUAUAGUCCAUGUGGAACCUGGCGAGACGGUCCUCCUUCGUGUCAUCAACGCUGCGCUCAACCAGCAGCAUUUCUUCUCGGUAGCGAAUCACACAAUGAGAGUAGUUGGGGCUGAUGCAUCUUAUCUGAAGCCAUUCAACACUUCUGUCAUAAUGUUGGGACCAGGCCAGACUGUUGAUGUCCUGAUCACAGCGAAUCGGGAGCCAGGCCGGGGCUACUACAUGGCAGCUCGAGCCUUCGAUAGCUCUCGAGGAGUAGCACCCUUCGAUAACACCACAACCACUUCAAUCCUGCAGUACAAUACAGGGAAUGGUGUGAAGAUCAGUCCAAUUCUCCCAUCUUUGCCAGAUUAUAAUGACACAGCAACAGCCACAGCUUUCUCCAGCAGCUUCAGAAGCCUAAAGAGGGCUCAGGUGCCAAUUGAAAUCGACGAAAAUCUGUUCAUCACAGUCGGUGUAGGCCUCAACAAAUGCCCCUCGGGUGCAAGCCCCGGGGCCUGUCAAGGACCAAACGGAACACAAUUCACUGCAAGCAUGAACAAUGUGUCUUUCGUGCUGCCAUCCAAUAUUUCCCUUCUGCAGGCACAUUACCAAGGCGUGCCCGGGGUUUUCACAGCAGAUUUCCCUGCAGCUCCACCGGUUAUGUUCAAUUACACCGGGAACGUUAGCCGGUCUCUUUGGCAGCCUUCUAGUGGAACAAAGGUGUACAAGCUCAAAUAUGGAGCAAGAGUGCAGAUAGUCCUGCAGGGAACAAGCAUUUUCGCGGCCGAGAGCCACCCAGUCCAUCUUCAUGGAUAUGAUUUCUACACAAUUGCAGAAGGCCUUGGCAACUUCAAUCCCCAGAAUGAUACUGCAAAAUUCAACCUUGUUGAUCCCCCACAAAGGAACACUGCUAGUUUGCCAGCCAAUGGAUGGUCAGUCAUGAGAUUUGUUGCUGAUAAUCCAGGAGUUUGGAUAAUGCAUUGUCACUUGGAUGCUCACAUUAGCUUUGGUUUGGCCAUGGCGUUUAUAGUGGAGAAUGGGGUCACUGAAUUGCAGACAUUAGAGGAGCCUCCUGCAGAUCUUCCAGUUUGUUGACAGUAGCAUCAAACAACAAUAAUGUUUCCAUUUUCAUUUGCAUUUGCAUGACAUUGCAUAUCAUAAUACUGCAUUAUUAGUAUCCUAAAUGACAGUUUUAUGACUUUAUCUGUUGCUUCCCCAGAAACCUUAAUUCAUAUUGUUGUACUUUGUAAUAAAGAGGAAUCACUUCUCAUUGA